UUAUGAUUCCAAAAGAAGUAUGUGUUAUACCAACUCCAACAUCUAGAGGGCGAUAAAACGCUCACACCCUUGUUAGCAACGCGGCUAAAGUGGCAGAAACAUGUUUGCCAUCAAAAGUGGUCUUCGCCUCUGCCCCAGGCUGUCCAUCCCCGCGCUGCUGAGGCGAGGAUGUGCCUCUGCUGCUAUCCCGGUGGACGAUGUGGUGAAUGGACUCACGGACGAGCAGAUUCAGCUCAGGGAAACAGUUCGCAGAUUCUGUGCAGAAAAACUAGCACCACAUGCUGACGAGAUAGACAAGCAGAAUGAAUUUGCAGGAAUGCGGGAAUUCUGGAAAGAUAUGGGUGAGAUGGGACUGCUUGGCAUUACUGCGCCAGCGGAGAUCGGAGGCACGGGAUUGGGCUACCUCGAUCAUGUCAUCGUUAUGGAGGAAAUCUCUCGAGUGUCAGCAGCCAUCGCUCUGAGCUAUGGUGCCCACUCCAACCUGUGCGUCAACCAGAUGGUGCGACACGCCAAUGAAAAACAGAAAGAGAAGUACAUGCCUAAGUUAAUGACUGGAGAGCACGUGGGUGCCUUGGCCAUGAGUGAAAACAAUUCCGGCUCUGAUGUUGUGUCUAUGAAACUAAACGCAAAGAAGAAAGGUGACUACUAUAUUCUCAAUGGCAACAAGUUCUGGAUUACAAAUGGACCGGAUGCCGAUGUCCUGAUUGUGUAUGCCAAGACUAACCCAGAGGCAUAUCAAAAAGGCAUUACAGCUUUCAUUGUUGAGAAGGGGAUGCCGGGUUUCUCUACAGCCCAGAAGCUGGACAAAUUGGGCAUGAGGGGGUCAAAUACUUGUGAGCUGAUCUUUGAGGACUGCAAAAUCCCUGAGGAGAACAUCUUGGGUCCAUUGAACAAGGGCGUUUACGUGAUGAUGAGCGGUUUAGAUCUGGAGAGGCUGGUUCUUGCAUCUGGACCUGUUGGCAUCAUGCAGGCAGUUGUGGACUACGCUGUCCCCUAUCUACACGUCAGAGAAGCUUUUGGACAGAAGAUCGGAGAAUUCCAGCUGAUGCAAGGCAAGAUGGCUGACAUGUACACCAGACUGAGCUCCUGUAGGCAAUAUUUGUACAACGUGGCCCGGGCCUGCGACAAAGGACACUUCAGCGCCAUGGACUGCGCUGGAGUGAUACUAUAUUGUGCUGAGAACGCCACGCAGGUUGCGUUGGACGGCAUUCAGUGUUUGGGCGGUAACGGCUACAUCAACGACUACCCCAUGGGCCGCUUUCUGCGGGAUGCAAAGCUGUACGAGAUUGGCGCCGGCACCAGCGAAAUCCGCCGCCUUAUCAUCGGACGAUCCUUCAACGCCAUGUACAAAUAGGAACGCCUCUUCACAUCCCUUCUGCCUUAACUUCUUUGACUCAUUGCUGACUCAUCAUGUUCAUGUACAGUUAUUACAUUAUGCAGUGUAAACAUCCCUAGUCAGAAAAAAUACAAUGUUAGUCAUUUCCAUAUCAGCAUUUACUGCUAUUACUAAUUAUGGUGAGAUGUUUCUGUUACAUUACAUUUAUGCAUUAAAAAUGAAUUGGCACUUUUUUAACACUCCA